UGUCUUGCAAUAGUAAAGUGGGUAUUAACAACACAGUACUAGUACCAGUAUAUAAACUACACCCUUCCUUAAUCUUUACUCAAUUCAAGAUCUUGUCCUUUAUCUCCUUUUUUCUUAUCUCUUUCUUUAGCUCUCUUAAAAAAAAAAAACAAGAUCACAAUUUCUGAAUCUUGAGAGAAAAACAAUGCAGUCAACAACUCUUAGUGGCAACUAUGGCUUCCCUCUCUGCAUCUCUGGGAUCGCUCAGCAGCUGUCUCUCUCCAAAGAAAUGGCAGAUCAUGACAAGAGAAGGAAGGUGGUGAAGAGGAGAAGGAGAUCAUAUGAGUCCAGGAGCCAUGGUGAAGAAGAAAUGGGUGUGGAGAGAUACAAUGAGCUAUGGCUUCAAGAGAUGAGAGAGAGUGAGGAUGUUAGAGAUCUAGUUGCUUUAUUACUAGAUCUAGAGUCAUGGAGCUUUUCUUCUCACACAGCUAAAGCUGCUUAGUGUUGAGAUCUCAUCAAGUCAUGUAUGUUUCUUGUAAAACUGCAGAUCAAGAAUCUUUAGCUGGAAAAAAUCUAUGAAAUAUUCCUAAUGUUUUCACAGUCAUUUGUUUACACGUUUAUUUGUCGUAGGCGUGGAUGUUCUGCUGCCUCUUUUGGCCUUAUCCUAUUGUUUUGGUUUUUAGUUCAUAACUUCUAUGUUGGAUAACUGCUUUGUGCUUUAUCUAAUUAAAGCUUUACUUGUCGUUUGCUAA